UAGUACCCUGUGGAGGACUGGGGUGACAUAAGGUAGUCACUAAAUUAUAACAGGAAUAUAUUUUUUUUUUUCGACCAACAAACCAAGACACAACGUAACAGCAGAUAUUGUUGACCCCUAUGCUGAUGACGCAAUAAGCGACCCCCACCCACAUCUCCUCCCCCUCUUCCUUCUCCCGUCCCUACGCAUUCCUCUAAACAGCGCCUUCAGAAAAGCGCAGAAAAUCAGCGACGAUGCGCCGAAUUUAGAACAAAAACUGCGGUAUAUCGGCACAAAGGCUCAAAAAAAAUCAUGUGAAAGUCAGUCAGAAACAGGAGAAUGGGGCUGCGGUUGGUGGAAAAGGGGAACCACAGCAAGCGGAUGGUUGUAUUUGUGGCAAUCUUUCUCAUCACCACCCUCUUCAUUCUCUACAACUCCAACAGUGUAAAUGAGUCGUAUGAGGCUUUUAAAGAUAUAGGGUAUAGCAGUGCCCUCAAAAUCACUGACCUGAAGAAGUGGGCUGGAAAAGAUGGUUACGUGCCAGUUUUUGGCAACAAGAGCCUGACCUUACAUUGUAGGCAGUGUGCCCUGGUGAUGAGCUCAAGCCAUGUACUGGGCACUGGCGCUGGAGCAGACAUUGACCACUCUGAGUGUGUGAUCCGCAUGAACGAUGCACCCACGUCUGGUUUUGAGGCGGAUGUGGGUAAUAAAACUUCCCUUCGUGUUGUAGCUCACUCCAGUGUGAUCCGGCUUGUACGAAAACCCCAAGAGUUCCUUAACUGCUCUAACUGCCCAUCUGUCAUCUUCUGGGGUCCACCCUCAAAGAUAGGACGUGAUGCCAAUGGUGCUCUCUACAGGUUGAUCCAUCGUGUUGCUGUCACAUACACCAACCUCACAACCUUCACUGUCACUCCAAGCAAAAUGCGCAAGUUCGACGCACUCUUUCAAAAAGAGACUGGUCGAGACAGACAGAAGUCUCAGUCCUGGCUGAGCACUGGCUGGUUCACCAUGGUCAUCGCUAUUGAGAUCUGUGACAAAAUUAAGGUUUAUGGGAUGGUGCCUCCCAACUACUGUGGGAAGCAUCCUCAGCCAAAAAGAAUGCCAUAUCAUUACUAUAAACCCCGAGGACCGGACGAGUGUGUAACCUAUCUGCAGAACGAGAAGGGUCGCCGUGGAAAUCACCAUCGCUUCAUCACCGAAAAACAUGUGUUUGCUCGCUGGGCCAAACUCUAUAACAUCAGCUUUGUGCACCCCACCUGGUGAGAAACAGAUAGCGAAAGGCUGCCAGGCUCAUUCCUGAAGAUCAAAUAUGGCCACCAGCACAAGGCUCAGACUAAUAAGACAUCGAUCCAAAAUGGCUACCAGCCAUAAUAUCCUAACUGUGAAACAUGCAGCCUCACUUUCGGCUCAACAAGAGUAUGAUCCAACAUGGCCCACAGCUUCAGUCUAAAUCUCUUAUAUAUUCCUCAGCCAAAUGAAAAAAAAACAGUCGAUCCAAAAUGGUGUCCAGCCUCAAACUGAGAAAACUGCUUUAACAGUGUCCAAGCUGUGCAGAUAAAGUCAACUGGCUGCUUAUUUUACCCAAAGCCUAAAGAGAGAUUAAACUAAAGCAGUUGCUGGUUUUGCAUUUAUUACCUGCGGAAGCACAAAUUGGCUGCUGUUUCCUCGCUGUUUUGUCUGUCAGACAAGAAACUGUUCAGACCUUCUUAUAGAUCUGGCCAAGCUUUGAAAAUGGUGCCUGCUUAGACUUUUGGAAGUGUCUUUAUUAUACGAGCUCUUUAGUAUACCUUUAGGUCAUUCUAAAGUGUGUCAAACAUAGCAAGAAUUUUAUUUGAAACAGAUUUUUGAUUUUUAAAAAUUUCAAAAGAUUAUGGUAGAGUCGACGAUACUGCAAUAAUCAGCAAAGUGGUGCUGAGCACUUCUUUUUGUAAACUCUUGCAUCAUAAAAUUCUAUUUUAAAAUAUUGCUACAUAUUCGUAUUUUAAAAACAAUUUCCCAUAAUUCGUAUUUUAAGACAACACAAAUUUACAAUUAAGGAGGGGAUUUGGAAAAUCAGAAAAGUCUGGAAUGCAGUGCUGGUGCUUUGUAUUGACAUUCAGUUUUCUAGGUAGAAGCUGUUUAAAGAGAGGGAGAGGGAGAGAGAGAGAGCAAGAGAUAGAGAGAGAGAGAGAGAGAGGCGAAGAGAGAGUAUUUCAGCUAUGGUCAGAAUUUCAUGUUUUCCUGCAUCUGCAAAAGCACUUAAGUAAAAAAAAAAAAGAAGGACCUACUAUAAGGUAUACUUAUGUGAGCUUUGUAUCAUUUUUAACUAACCACAUUCUGUUUUGAGAGUUUUUGGACUGAUAAAUUCUCUAUGUUUCAAUAUUUCAAGAUGGACUGCAAUCACUGCCCACCUACUGUAUAUUGUGCCAGCAACACACACAAAGACAAAAAAAUCAAGGGUUUUAAUACAAUGAUUCUGUAUCAACAACAAUGUCAUUCACAGUCCUCUAGACAAGAUGGUUCAUCUAGCUGAAAAUCUUUCCAGUUCUCUUCAGUAAAAAAAGUUUAUUGUGCCAAUUUUCCAAAAUGUGUUUUUUGUUUCCAGAAAAAAGGAAAGGAAGAACAUUUUAAAUCAUACCAGGCCAUACCAAAGCCUGGAGUUUGUAGCAGUCUGCGGUCAAGUAUUAGUUUGUUUGCAUGGCACUACACAAAACACUAUCACUGAGCUUUGGCAGUGAUCUGAGUGGAUGAGGGUUAACAACCUCACCAGCUGUUGAUGUUCCCUGCCUGCUUAUGACCCAUGACAUUAGAUCUAACAGUAUUGGGAAUGUUUAUAAGUUUACCAUAAAGCCUGAGUUAUACUUCAGCAUUGGUGUGUAUUUGCAGCGUGACUCAGAAAAGAGAAUAUAUAAGCAUGCGUUGCACACUCAAGCUUUCCUCUUCCAGGAAUCUUACUGCAUUUUGAGUCUCUUUGGUGCUGUGCGUCAACCGUCCUACAGAUGAAUGCUGAUUGGUUGGUGCGAGAUCGUGUCAGGUUGCAUACCCAGAAACGCUGUAACAAGAUAUUGUGAGCUUUUAGUUUAAUGAACGUUUUAAGAGUAACAUAGCUCCACUUAUGUAUCCAGCAUAAACAAUGAAAAUGUCCAAUAUUCUGUAGGCUGUGAUCUCCAUCCAAGUUUUUUUUUUAAAGUGUAGCCUGUUAACCA